AUGUUGUUGAUUAUAAUCGCGAAAAUGGAAUUCCUAACAUGUAACUACUGGAUUGAAUCCCCAGUCGGAACAGUAAUUCAAGUUAGACUGCUGGACUUCACAACAGGUCUUUCUGUUGACGGAUGCAAAUAUUCCGUUGUAGAGAUCAAAACCAAUAAAGAUCAAACACUCACCGGUUACGGCUGCUGGAUUAACCCUUCAAUCGUUCACAAAUCGUGCUCCGAUAAUGACGUACAACAGGCUUUACAAAUCCAAGACUGUUCUCGUAUACCGAUAUGGUACGUGCUUUUCUUUCUUACGAAGUAUUUUAAACUAGUAUAUUAA